AUGAAUCGAAUGUACAUUCUUGAUUUAGAAUGUCCACCAGUGAAGAAUUUUAAAGACGGUGUCAUAUUUGGGAACAGUUUCGAACUUGGCUCACGGCUCAUGGUGCGAUGUAACCCGGGGUUCACUGAGAAAAACGGUCAGAAAACAAUGCUUUGUACGAACGGGAACUGGAACUUUACGCCGGAGUGUGUCACUAAUCCCCUACUAAAAACUGCCACCACAACUACUGCCACCACCACCAACACGACCACGUUGGUUCCUGUAAGCUGGGACACCACGCAUGCGCUGACCAUCUCCACCACCACCUCUACUCCCACAACCGCAGACAGGGCGAUAACACCAGUCUCUACUACCACUGCCAUCACCUCUACUCCCACAAUCACAGACACGACAAUCACACCAGACCCUGCUAUCGCUGCCACUACCACUACUCGGACAACCACAGACACGGCGAUUACUCCAAACCCCACUACCACUGCCACAACCUCUACUCCUAAAACCACACACAUGGCGAUAGCACCAGUCCCUACUACAACUGCCUCCAUCACUACUCAGACAACAACAGACACGGAGAUCACACCAGCCCCUACUUUGGCUGCAACCACCACUACUUCCCCACAACCACAGAGACAACGAUCACACCACACCCUACUUUCGCUGCAACCACCACUACUUCCCCAACAACCACAGAGACAACGAUCACACCACACCAUACUUUCGCUGCAACCACCACUACUUCCCCCACAACCACAAAGACGACGAUCACACCAGUCCCUACUAUCUCUGCCACUACCACUACUCAGCCAACUACAGACACGAUGA